AUGCCGUUGGAGACGAUUAACCUGUCGAUUUCCAGAUCCGACCAUGAGGGAAGAAGCAAGGCCGAUGAUAGUAGUGGCGGCACUUCAUCCAGUGGCAAGGACAGCGGCUUUCAGGCCACCCCGGAGGAGCUAAACGCCAUCCGUGAGAAAAUAAAGGACCCUGUCUUUGCUAAGCUAAUGCAUGAGUACAUGGAGUCCCUGAGUGAUCCCGAGACCUUACGCGAGGAGGAGGCCUACCUGGAACAGGCGGAACGUGAGGCUAAAGAGAGCGGUGACUUUAGUUUUGAAUUUAUCUUUCCGCGUCCUGGGUUCGUCGUGGAGCUUCUCAAUCCGACGUCGAGGAGGAUUUCAGCCGUGGAUAUGAAGAAGAUAAUGCCCACGUCGUCUGGGACGGCCACCACGGUGAAGGACGUUCACACCUUCAUUAAUAUGUGUUCCAGCGAGAAGGUCCCGGUGUACCGCGAGGAGCCGACCGGCGAUCGGAUGGGAAGUAACUGGCACGUACCGGUUUCCGUUUCUCAAAAGCGGAUCGAGUCAUUCAGCCGUGCGACGAAGGGGAAGAAGGAAGUGGACGGUAGGACAAGCGAGGGGGAGAAUAAUAAGGCUACCGAUGCCAACGGCUCAUGGUGCUACGUAUACGAUGCCGUGUUCCACCCUCAAACCCUUUCGCUUGCGGACCGGAGCAAUCGAUUCUUGUGUUUUCUUGUUGAGAUAGCCGUCGAGCACAUAAACAGCGGUUAUCAUGAGUCUAAUGGAUUUGAGUUUACGCGACUGCCGAGCACUGUAGCGACGGUGGUCGGUACGCUGAAGAAUCAAACGAUACGCACCAAGGAUAAAAAAGGGGCUUCGUUAUUUGAGGUCGACCGAGGCGCCCCUGUGCUGACCAGGCCUACCACUAAUUUGCCUCAGGGUGCGGGGGCGGGCCCCGAUUUUUCUGCGGUAACACCGGCGCCGUCGUCGUCUGAACACCACGGCGAGGCACCCGUGCGCGAGCAGCGUGCCGAUGCCGCGGGUAGCGAGGGACCCCCAAAACGAAAAGCCGUGACGGAUCCGCAGGCUGUGUUACCACCGCAUCGCAUCCUUCACCGCGGCCGCAUUGACUUGACGGACGCGUGGUCCUGGCGGGUGGUUGACAAGCGCAUUGGCGUGCCAGAGGAGCUGGUGGUGAAGCUGACGUUUGACGGUGUUCAUCAUGCCUCUGGGCUGGAUAUCAGCAUCACCGAGGAUGGUGGGGCUGUGCGCAUCGACAAGACCGCCACUCAGAACCACUACGAGGGCUUACUGGUGCUACCGUUCACUGUGAGGGAAACUCCCGUUAGCGCUCGUUUUGACCGUGUGACACACGUACUGAGCCUCGUUCUCGGCGUAAUCCCGCCAGUCCUGUCCGAGGAGUCGGCUGCGGCCGCCGAGGAGGUAAGGCAACGCUAUGUUGCAGUUGGGAAGCCAGACGCGCCCUCCUCGGUUGCUCAUGACGACCAUAACGAAGCGGCUGGGAUAUCAGCCGAUGGGAAAACGUCGGGGGUGGCGGUUGCCGACACCCGCCCGGCGUCCGGGGAGGCGAUGAAGCACUCAUGCGGGGAUUCUGACGGCACCCCAAGCGUGGGACCCUCCCCGGGGUCGACAGUGGUCGCGUCGGAAUCAACAUCCGUGAACACGCCAGCGACGGUGGCGGUGAGUGCGAGGAUCGGGACUGGGACGACGGAAUGCCGUGAGGGUACCGCCCCCGACGGCAAGGACGGCGGGGCCGCAAGUGAUGAAACAAUCACUGAUAUAGAGCCGACGCCCGCUGGGUUGCACCCACCGCCCCCCCCUUUGUCGCCUUCCACCGAUGCCGACCCCGUUGGUGAUCCCGCGACGGUGCCGGAGGGGCAUAGUAACGUGUUUCGACAUUUCGAGAACACGUCGCGUGCGCAGGAGGCACUGGCAAAAAUCCUGGAGGCUCGGCGGGCUCGAGAGGCGGCUGCCAGCAGUGCGACAGAAGCGGCGCGCGCUGCGGACGAUAAGGCUGCCGCGACGGGCAGUGCGGAGAGCGUGGCUGGUGUUGGUGAAGGGGAAGGGAUGAGGGCACGGCGUGAGGUCUCUGCUGAUCCGGAGAGCGAGGCCGCGGCACUGGCAGCGCAGCAGGAUGCGUGGGUUCACAAGCUGCAGGAGCAAGUGGCUGCUGCGGCUGCAAAGGAGGACGAGGAGGCUGAGGCGGCCGCUUUAAAGGUUCAGCGUGAUGCGCAGCGCUCCAAGAGGCGGCUGGAGAAGCUAAUGGAGUUGGAAGAGAUGGAGAAGCGGAUGCUCGAGAGGGCGAAGGCUAUACCCUUGAAAAACCGGCACAUUUUUUCGAUCGACUAG